UACAGUCACAGUGGUCACAGCCACAGCAUGGCGUCACGUAUACUGUGAUGGCGUGACGACGCUUACAGUUCAUAUGGGAAACAUAGCCUCUAUUUAUUUAUAAAACGUUUUGUAAACGAUAAAUAAAUGUAUGUACAGAAUGGCAGAAGUAGAAAUGUUUAAUCGUGUUAUUCAGACGAUUGACGAUAAUACCAAGAAACCGGAACAGUUUCUAAGCGUGCAAAACACAGUAGCUCGAAAUUUUAAGAAUUGUAUAAAGCAUUUAUAUGAUUUUACGAAGGAAGAGUCGCAGAGAAACACGAACGCUUUGCCAGAGCUGGUUACCGAGGAUUUCGACGAAGAACAGAUCUGGCAGCAAAUUGAAUUGCAAAACGAAGGUGAAUUCGAUUAUCUAGUUAGGUGUGUUUCGAAAGCUUUAUCGGAGAGCAAAAGGCUGACGAUACCAAUUAGUGCGACUAAACCCGAGUCCGAAGAAGAAGAGAGUGAAAAGGAGUUAUCGGAAGAUGAAAGAGCGACAGAAGAGACUCUGUCUGAAGACGAGGAGAGUUCAACAGAUAACUUAAGAAAAGAGAAACCAGAAGUUAAACGAAGGAAAAAGAAAUCAUCUAUAGUAGAUGACAAAUUCUUUAAAUUAGAUGAAUUGGAUGAAUACUUAACAAAAGAAGAGAGGAAAGAGACGCAAAAUGAAAAGAAUGAAUUAGAAUCUGAUGAUGAAUCCGUGGAUCUGUUCAACGAUCUUUCUGAUGACGAUGACAAAACUGAAGAAGGUAAAUUGAUGAAGUACGCAGACUUCUUCGACAGUCCUCAGAGCGAAGAUGAGAAUCCGAACAGCUCCAUGGCAGAAGCAGGCGACGAAUCAGCAGAUAAUGAAUCACUGGACGGCAGUGAUUUAAAUAAUGAAAUGGACAUAGACAGCGAAGGAGAAACUCAUAAAUCCAAGAAGAAAGUCACGUUCAAUCUUACCAAUGAUUCAGAUGAAACGGAUAGUCUGGAAAAUCGAAACACGACUGCCAAGCAGGACACGGAAGUUAAGUCGACUUUAGAAACGCGACAGGAGAGACUGAAGAAAAGGAUAGAAAAAUUGGAGGAAGAAGCCCUCGCAGAAAAACCAUGGCAACUGAAAGGUGAAGUGACUGGAGGGAACAGACCACAGAAUUCGUUACUGGAGGAAUUCGUGGAGUUCGAUAUAACGACCAGACCUCCGCCCGUUAUUACCGAGCAAACGACUUUGAGAUUGGAGGAUAUAAUUAAACGGAGGAUAAAGGACAGAGUUUGGGACGAUGUAGAGAAAAAAUUCAAACCAGUCGAGACACCGAUGGAGUACAAGAAGAAACUGAUCCUGGAUCAAGAGAAGAGCAAGGAGAGUUUGUCCCAAAUUUACGAGAAGGAAUAUCUUAAACAGAAGCAAGCGUUAAACCCGGAUAAUGAGACGGUAGAGGAAGAACCGACAUUGCACAAAGAAAUUCGCCAAAUGAUGGGUUCCGUGUUUAAGAAGCUAGACGCGUUUUCCAACUUCCAUUACACACCAAAGCUAGCUAAACCGGAGCUGAAAGUCGUCACCAACCUUCCUGCAAUUAAUAUGGAAGAGGUGGCACCUGUGGGAAUGAGCGACGCUGCCCUGUUGGCACCGGAGGAGAUUAAAGCGAAAUCGCGGGGCGAUCCGAUAGGUAAAGCCGAGAGGACCAAGACAGAUAUGAAGCGGGAACGAAGGCACAAGAAGAUGAAGCAACGCGCGAGACAGCAGGCUCGAGAGAAUAAGGAGAAAUUGAACGCGUUGAAACCGGGAGUCGCGAAGAAGCACAAAAAGGAGAAAGCGGCGGAAAUGGCGAAAAAAUUGAGUAAAAACAGAAAUAUCAUUCAGAUGGAUGAAUCGAGCUUCAAAGCGCCGAAAUCGUCCACGGCGUUCUUUAAUCAAUUACAAGACGAAGUGAAGAGCCAUAUCAAAGCUAAGACUGGCGCGAAUAAGAAGAAAAAAGAGAAAAACGCUCUAUCCGCGGUUAAAUUGAAAUUGUAACUUUUUGUACAGUUAUUAUUUAAAUAUAAUGCAAUAAUUGUUUCAGCCAAGCUGUAAUUCUUAAAAAGAUGAAGGGGGAAAUAAUUUGAAACGACUAAGGAGAAAGGAUAUCAUAAAAUGCUUCAAAGAUACGUUUCGAACUUUAAUCAAUCAUUUGCGUUAUACAUAUUGACGCCUCCGAUGACCUCAAUAUGUUAAUUAUUGUCAGUAAUCGUAGCUACUUCCAACGUAGGAUGAUUAAAAAGAAUUAUACGUGUAAUGUAAACUUUUA